AUGGGAUGGGAUGUAGCUUUAGGGAAGUGAAGUUGUGGGUGGACCUUCGUGAGCCAAUGGGUUCCCCAGGCCACGUCCAGGCGGAUAGAUUAGGGAAGGGCGCGGCAGAGGCGGGUCGGUUCGCUCACAGUGCGCAGUUUGGUUAUGAUAGCGGGGAGCAGCUGGCUUAGCGGGUCUCAGUGGUGAGACCGGCGGGAGGGAAUGGCUCCGCUGAGGGGUCCUAAGGCGGGGAUGGAGGAGCCGGAGCUGGAGCCGGAGCCUGUGGGCUCCUCCCCGCGGCGCUUCACCUGGGAGGAGAUCGGACUCCGCACGGGCCGGGGGCACCCGCAGCAGGAGCGGUGGCUGGUGAUCGAUAGGAAGGUCUAUGACAUCAGCCAGUUCUACCGGCGGCACCCGGGGGGCGCCCGAGUCAUCAGCAGCUACGCGGGGCAGGACGCCACGGAUCCCUUUGAGGCAUUUCACAUUGAUAAGGGGCUGGUGAGAAAGUACAUGAGCUCAUUGCAGAUCGGGGAGCUGGCCCUGGAUCAACCAAGCUUUGAGCCCACCAAAAAUAAAUUGCUGGUAGAGGACUUCCAGGAGUUGCACACCACUGUUGAAAGGAUGGGACUCCUUAACCCCAACCACCUCUUCUUCUUCCUGCUUCUCCUGCACAUUCUGAUGCUGGAUGUUGCUGGAUGGUUUGUUCUUUGGUAUUUUGGGACAUCUUUAGUGCCUUUCCUCAUCUCUACAGUGCUGCUGACCAUUUCUCAGUCUCAGGCUGGUUUUCUGCAGCACGAUUUGGGGCACCUUUCAGUUUUCAGCAGUACCAAAUGGAACCACUUGGUUCAUGAGUUUGUGAUGAGCCAUCUGAAGGGGCUUUCAGCACAGUGGUGGUCUCUCCAUCAUUCCCAGCACCAUGCCAAGCCCAACUGCUUCCAUAAGGACCCUGAUAUUGCAAUGCAUCCCUCCUUGUUUGCUUUGGGAAAGAUACUCUCUGUGGAGCUCGGCAUGAAGAAGAAGAAGUUUCUGCCUUACAAUCAUCAACACAAGUAUUUCGUCAUCACUAUGCCCCUGCUUGUGGUUCCAGUGUUCCAGUUGUACUCCUUGUACUUCAUAUUCCAGCGUAAACUAUGGAGGGAACUAGCUUGGACUCUGACCUACUUCAUCCGAUUCUUUCUUUUCUUCGAGCCCUUACUGGGAGUGACGGGUGUCCUGGGUUUCCUUCUGCUGCUCAACGUCCUAGAGAGUAUCUUGUUUACCUGGAUAUCACAAUUGAACCAUAUCCCUAUGCACAUUGAUUACGAUAACAAUAUGGACUGGUUCUCUACACAGCUCCUGGCGACAUGCAACGUGGAUCAGUCCCUGUUCAACGACUGGUUAACUGGGCACCUGAACUUCCAAAUCGAGCAUCAUCUUUUCCCUAGGAUGCCACGACACAACUACUGGAAGGUGGCCCCCCUGGUGAAGUCACUAUGUGCCAAACAUGACAUCGAGUACCAGAGCAAGCCUCUGCUCACUGGCUUUGCAGAUAUUUUGCGCUCUCUGAAGGAUUCGGGGGAACUCUGGCUUGAUGCCUAUCUGCAUGGAUAAGCAGCAGCAUCUCCUAUGGAGGAGUUACCUGGGACUGAUUGCCAUGAAGAUGCAGUACACAGCAGAGGAGGGCAAGCAGAUUCAGGGAGAUGAGUGGGCCUAGUUGCUGCAGUGGGAGGGCUGGUGGGCUUAGUUCCAGUGUGAGUGUGGGGUUUUAUACUACACUUUUUCUCCUUUUACCUGUAUAGGGAGUACACCUUCUCUAUAAGGUGUGGUAUGGGUAUAUGGGGACCACUAGGGGUUAACCUUACUAUGGGGAAGGAGGCUUUAGCAAUGGGAACCGCAGCCCUUCUCUGCUGACAUUUCCCUUGCUGUGUACGUGGCAGUGAAUCCUAUCCAGCUUCUUCCUAGUGUGACAGGGUCAAAGUGAAAAUGGGGACAGUGUAAAACUUUCUGGGGAGAGGGAGAAUGUGGAGAAAUAAGGAGAAAAACCAGUGCUGAGGAAAAAAAAAGGAAGAGCCUUUAAAGACUACAGUAUACAUUUAAAAUCUAUAAAUUAAGUAUGUAACCACAAAGUGGAUGCGAGACCAAAUAGUGUGGACAUGAGAUUAGAGGGGCCAAAACUCAGGGUGGGGAUGGAUGCAAGACCACAGAGGUGAAAACACCAAGCAGGAUUAGCCAUGAAACCAGAGGCAAUAUACAAGAGCAUAGACAUGAGACUAGAGCUGAUAUGGCGUGUGUGUGUGUGUGUGUGUGUGUGUGUGUGUGUGUGUGUGUGUGUGUGUGUGUGUAAAAACAGGUAGAGAACCUCGAUCUCAGGUUAGUUUUCCAUUUGCAAUUUCCAGUGAAAAGAGUAUGAGCAGUUUCUCCCCUGCCUGAGGCAAAUUCAGGUGAAUAAAAGGGUUAAUUGAGCAAAUACUGAUAUUACAUGUGUGAUAAGGAUAUACAUUCGUCCAGGGGAAUCCCCAGUCCAUUGGUUUAGCUGUUAAAAUACCUCUAGAGGUUUAGCUUAGGAGAAAGAGUCUUGCAAGACUCAGAGGCAGAUCUAUGGUAGAGUGAUUUCAUUUUUGUUAUAUAAUAAGGUGUAAAAGAUGUCACAGACACGUCAAUACUGUGGCUUUUAGUGCUUACCUAUAUGGUGCUUCCUGAAGCUUUAAGGGACUCCCAAAGUUGCAACUGAGUGGUGCUGUCUCCCUGGCUUCUCUUAGAAAGUAAAAAAGGGUUGCUAAUUUGAACAUGGGUGUUUGGCCAAUUAAUAGAGCUGAAUCAUUUCUGUCUAAUGGACGGUAUAACAGAUCCAAGUUCCCCUAGACUUAACAGCUGUCAGUAGAGAUGGAACUUGCAUCAUUCUACUCCACAAUCACAAGCCCCUAGCAUUUGGAGAAUCUUUAUUAGAUAUAGCAGUAUUAAGGCUUAUGAUACAUACCUGACUUUCCAUCAAGUUGAGCCAAUGAUGCACAUACACUGUAGGCAACAUAUUACACCUUGUUGUUUCUUGUGUUACGUGCUUCUGAAGGGGUCCUCAUAAAUACAGUUCUUCGAGUGCUGUCCCUGUUGGUGCUCCACUUCAGGUGUCGGUGUGCCCCAGCGCCACUGAUUGGAGAUUUUUAGUAGCAGUGCCUGGUCGGGGCGCAUGUGCACAGUAGCCAUUUUGUGUCCCGACCCACUCAGUUCCUUCUCUACUGUCCUCGGCUGCAGAGAGAGCUUCAACAGCAGUGUCAGAAAUUUACCUAGAAAAUAUUUAGAAAUAGUUAUUGCGAAGUUUAGUUUCCAGCAGUUAGUUCAUAGUUAAUCUUAGGUUUCCAGUUAACCACUUAGACUUUCCUGUGUGUGUUUUUUGUUUGUUUGUUUUUUUACACUCUCUGAGAGCUCUCCUCUCAGUUUCUCUCUCCUUGUACCAUGACAAAAUUGGACAAUGAAAAUGCCAGGCUCCCCUGGUUUUAAACACUGCACUUCAUGUAAGGAUGCUAUGCCUGUCUUCAAGGGAUGCUUGUACCGCAGUCCUCGGAUGUCAUGGACGUGGCCGCUCGCACAAUGGCUACAGCUAUAGUCAUGAGACUGGCAUUCUGGUUACAAUCCUCCGGAAUUCCCAUGUACCUCCAGAUUAAAAACCUUCCCUUUGACAGAGAAAAAUUAUUUUCUGCGAAGACUGUCGAAGUCCUACACUCAGUGAAGGACUCUCGAACAACGCUCCAAACCCUGGGCAUAGAAAUGCCCCCAAUAGACCUAGGAGAUACCAACCUUAUAACCGAAAGAGGGACACAUUGGUUCACUGACAACAGAGACCAUUCGAGAAUUCACGCCAAAGACAUCAUCCCCAGAGAUGCUGACCACCUCAGUCCCAGUCAACUGCGUCACACGCACCACCAGCCAAGAUGCAAUUUUGAAGAUUUGGUCAAGGGUCUUAUCGACCUCCCACGACAGUCAGCGCAUAUUACACAUCCUAUCCAGAUGUUUGGCCUCUGACUACGGCCAUUUUACCAAGCAUGGGCAUCCAUCACUACAGAUCACUGGGUACUAGAGAUGGUACGAUCUGAUUACACCAUCUCUUUCGUCUCCAUCCCACCUACCCAUCCCUCUUCAGGGACCCUUCUCACGAGCAUCUUUUGCAGCAAGAGGUAAUCCAUCUUGUACAGCUAGGUGCCGUGAAACACAUUCCAGGACACACAGGGGAAAGGGGUUCUACUCCCAUUACUACUUGACCCAAAAGAAAAAUGGAGGAUGGAGACCCAUUCUUGAUCUCAGGAAACUCAACAAAGGUAUCUGUACCCACAGAUUCAAAAUGGUCACCCUGUACACUAUCAUCCCUGCGCUAGACAAGGGGGACUGGUUCUCGGCUCUGGACCUACAAAAAAAUAAGAUGCGUAUUUUCACAUUACCAUCCAUCUACUCUAACUACAGUACAACAAUUGACUUCAUAGGAGCGCACCUGGACUCAGUGGAGGCCAAAGCAUCAUUGCCAAUGCUUUGAUUCACAGCAAUGACCUCCCUCAUAGCGGUGAUCUGACAGCCCAUGGGUCUACAUGCACCUGCCUACAACUCUUGGGAUGUAUGGCGGCCACCACUUUCAUUGUAACACACACCAGACUACACAUGUGCUGCCUCCAAGGACAGCUGAGCUUGGUAUACAUCCCACGGAAGCACAUUCUAAACAAAAGACUCACACUGACCCCAGAGGUCACUAUGAUGGUGGACAAACCCAAUAAACCUUUGCUCAGGCAUCCCGUUUCAAUAAGAUCCACCACCCAUACAAAUCAUAACAGAUCCUUCACUGAUCUGAUGAGGAGCUCACCUGAACCAACAUACAAUCCAAAGCAAAUGGUCCCCAACAGAAACACACUUACACAUCAAUCUGCUCGAAUCACACACGGUCCGCAACAUGUGCCUACAUUUUCUCCCUAUUAUACGUGGCAAAACGAUAAGCGUCCUGAUGGACAACAUUGCAUAUAUGUUCUAUAUAAACUGACAGGGUGGAGCACAAUCCCACUCCUUAUGCACCAAGGCCUUAAAACUAUGGAACUGGUUCAUAAAAAAAACCACCACUCUUACCGCAGCAUACCUCCGAGGUUGACUGAACAUAAGGGUGGAUACAUUAAACAGACUGUUUUCCCCAAGAACACACAUGGGAAAUGAACAACAAAAUAUUACAACACAUAUUUCAUGUGUGGGAUCCCCGCAUAUAGAUCUGUUUCUGACAUUAGUAAACACAAAGUGCCCAAAGUUUUGCUCACAAGCAGGACUGGGAGCAUGAGCCCUAGGAGAUGCCUUUCUCAUCAAAUAGAAUGCUCCCCUCCUAUAUGCACACCCACUGAUGCCUCUGAUCUCCAGGGUAAUACACAAAAUAUGAACCAACAGGGCUAAAAUAAUCCUCAUAGUAUCGACAUGGCCCAGACAGACGUGGUUCCCUUACCUGUCACACAUAGUGAUCUGCACACCAUUCACUCUCCCUUGUCUACAGAAUCUUCUCUCUCAGAACGACACUCAAGUCCUCCAUCCAGACCCAGAGAGACUUCACCUGAAGGCAUGGCUCCAAUGCGAUGAACUAACCUGCUCAGAACAAGUAGAACAAGUGUUAAUAAACAGCAGGAAACAUAGCACACAUACUACUUACCUCGAAAAAUGGAAAAGAUUCUUCUUAUGGUGCCAGACCAAACAAAUAUCUGCAAGACAGGCACCGCUUCCACUACUCUUGGAAUACUUAUUAUCCCUAAAGAACUCAGGACUUGCUGUGAGGUUGCUUAAAGUUCAUCUUGCUGCAAUCAUGGCCUUCCAUCAAGAGGUAGACGGGUAGAGGUAGACCUCAAUAUUUUCUCAUUUCUAAACUAUUUCUAACAGACAUACAGAACAUGUAGCCAGACAUCCAAGAACCCACACUAGCAUGGGACUUAAACCUUGUGCUCCAAAGGCUAACAAGAGCCUCAUUCGAACCUUUAGCCACAUACUCAUUACUUCAUUUAUCUAUGAAAGUGGCAUUUCUGGUUGCUAUUACAUCAGCGCAGACAAUCAGUGAGAUAGGGGUUCUCAUGUCUCACUCCCCAUACACCAUAUUCUUCAAGUAUAAAGUAAUACUUAGAACAAACCCUAAAUUUAUGCCAAAAUUUCCAUAUUCAUUCCACCUCAACCAACCAAUCCACGUACGUGCGUUUCAUCCAAAACCACACACUAACACGUAUGAGGCAACCCUGCACAUAUUGGAUGCGCACUGUGCGUUAGCUUUUCACCAGGACAGAAUAAAACCCUUCUAAAAAUCACCCCGACCCUUUGUGUCAACAACAGAAUGGUCUAAGGGCUCUAUCAUAUCCACGCAAAGAUUACCUAAAUGGAUAUCCAGCUGUAUCCACAUAUGCUAUUCACUAUACAACACUGAAGCCCUACUAGGCAUCAGAACCCAGUCAACAAGAGCUUUAUCUACCUCCAUAGAAUUCCUACACAACAUUUCCAUUCCAUUCCAUUCAUAUAUGCAGGGCAGCCACCUGGGCCUCCAAACACACAUUCACAAACCACUAUGCAUUAAUCUCGGUUCAAGCUCAGACACAAGACAAGGCCUCAUGGUACUAGCCUCAGCAAUGAACCACAAUCCAAAGUCCCUUCCAUCCCUGUGAGGGCACUGCUGUACAUUCACCUGAAGUGGAGCACCCAUAGGGACAGCACUUGAAGAAGAAGAGAAGGUUACUCACCCUGUGCAGUAACUGAGGUUCUUUGAGAUGUGUGUCCUUGUGAGUGCUCCAUUACCCACCCUCCUCCCCUCUACUUUGGAGUUUGCUUUAAGGACUCUACGGUAGAGAAGGAACUGAGGGGGGUCAGGACGCGCGAGUGCUAGAUGACCUGCCAGCAGCACCACGAGACGGCUGUUGUGCAUUCACGCCCUGACCAGGCACUGCUACCAAAAAUCUCCAAUCUGGGUCCUGGGACACAUCAACACCUGAAGAGGAGCACCCACAGGGACACAGAUCUCAAAGAACUUCAGUUACUGCACAGAGUGAAUAACCUUCUUUUCAGGCAGAAAAUGAGAAUUCUACCCCCCCACACAUACACACUUUUAAUAUUUUAUUGCAAUAUACAAAGAAAUAUACCACCACCACCAAAGACAUAGGAUGGAUCUAAAUUGAUGUGUUUGUGGAGGACAAGCAUACAAUAUAUUGCAUAAAAUUGUAAUUCUUCGUGUAUAUAACUUGUCGUAGCAAUAAAUAACCAUUCUUUGCUGUG